GGCGUCAAUUGCAUCGAGAAUCAACGGUGUUAGUGUUGUGAUUACAAACGUGAGAGCAAUACUUGGCACGGCGUCACCACGUCGCACCACCACAGGUUGCUAUGAAUCAAUCGCGUAAUUUCACGUCGCUGCUGAAUCCAAGCUACCUGCAGAACGCUCAGCAGCAACAACAGCAGAAUGUCACGACCUCGGCAGCGGCGGCGGCCGCGGCUGCCGCGGCUGCGGUGAGUGCUGCAAUCGCGAACGGCACGCAGGCGGGCAUUAACGCGGUCAACGUCGUAACGCAGAAUCGCAAACGGGAAGCAGAAGGUGAUAGUAAACAGGAGAAAGAGUUGAAAGAAGAUCGUAAGAAGAGGAAAAAGACUAGAUGGAGUGGUAGCGAACAUGACAAAACAUUUAUACCAGGAAUGCCAACAGUACUACCGACAAAUCUGACUCCUGAUCAGGAGAGGGCUUAUCUCUUUCAGCUGCAGAUUGAGGAAAUCAGCAGGAAGCUACGCACUGGAGAUCUUGGCAUCCCACUUAACCCUGAGGAAAGAUCCCCAUCUCCAGAGCCUAUUUACAGUAGCGAUGGUAAACGGUUGAACACGAGAGAAUAUCGUACAAGACGUAAAUUAGAGGAAGAACGUCAUAAUCUGAUUCAGAAGAUUCUUAAAAUCAAUCCAGAAUUUAAGCCACCACCAGAUUAUAAGCCACCAAUAAUACGAGUUCAUGAUAAAGUAAUGAUUCCUCAAGAAGAGCAUCCUGAUAUAAAUUUUGUUGGUUUACUUAUUGGACCGCGUGGAAAUACUUUAAAAUCUAUGGAAAAGGAAACUGGUGCAAAGAUUAUAAUUCGUGGAAAGGGUUCUGUGAAAGAAGGAAAAGUUGGUCGAAAAGAUGGACAGCCUUUACCAGGCGAAGACGAACCAUUGCAUGCAUACAUUACUGCAAACAAUUUAGACGCCGUGAAGAAAGCUGUGGAACGAAUUCACGAAAUUAUUCGGCAAGGUGUAGAAGUACCAGAGGGUCAAAACGACUUGCGACGUAAUCAACUACGCGAAUUAGCUUUAUUGAAUGGAACAUUACGCGAGAACGAUGGACCUCGUUGUACCAAUUGUGGUGCUUCAGAUCACAAGUCUUGGCUGUGUCCCGAUAAACCAAAUGUGACAAACAACAUAGUGUGUUCAAGUUGUGGUGGUGCAGGACAUAUUGCUCGAGAUUGCAGAUCAAAGAGACCCGGUCAGGGAGGUCCAGCAGCCGCUGGAAUGGGAGGAAUGGGUCAAGCUGGAGACAAGGCCAAAAUAGAUGAGGAGUACAUGUCGCUCAUGGCGGAAUUGGGAGAAGGCCCGCCACCAGAUAGAUCAAAAACAGGACAAAACAGACAGACUCCCAAUCCAAAUUAUCCUGGACUUUUUGACAGACAACAGCCACCUCGUGCAUUAAUGGCAGCUCCAGCUCAUCCUCCGCCACAGAUGAUGCAGAGCGGCCCAAUGAUGCCUCCACCGGGUAUGGCUCCGCCGCCGUGGAGUCAAGGAAGCGAAGGAAUGAACAACAUGAAUAUGCAAUGGCAGCCACCAGUGAGCAUGCCACCACCACCAGGUGUGAUGCAGCCACCACCACCGCCGCCCGGUUCCACUACGCAGCCAAACAUUCCACCACUAAUGCCAUGGAUGACAGGUAACAAUCAACCACCGCCACCUGGCCAAAUGCCGCCCACGCAGAUUCCUCCACCUGGGAUGGGCAUACCGCCGUGGCAACAGGGUCAACAAGGACCGAUGCGACCACCACCGCCAGGCACAGCACCGCCUCCGGGAUUUCCCGGUAGCUGGCAACCGCAACAAAUGGGUGGCUGGCCACCAGCUGCGCCUGUCCCACCUCCGCCUCAACAACAAACUCCUGCGCCACCCGGGAUUGACUUGAAUACACUGCCAACGUUAUUAGCGCAACCACCUCCGCCACCUCCGCCCACUAGUUAGUCCUAAUCACGUAAAGACAACUUCCGAUUUAUAUAUUAGCGAGACGUUAUCAUUGAGAUAGAAAAGUUUGAAGAAGAGAACGAAAAAAAUAAGAGAUAGAAGCUGAAAGAGGCAUUAUGUCCUAAUAGGAAUUCACAGAACAAGAUGAAGAUAGAUGAGAAAC